UCCGGUGCGUUCCUCCCUUCGGCAUCCGUCACGGUCCCAAACUAACACAUUACCAGGUGCAAUGGCAUCCAUCUCCAUCGUUACCGUUCCAGUCCUGUUCGACACCGUCACUCAGCCCCUCCCUCUCCUCACACAGUGGGCUCGCCUCUAUCACUAUGGUCACAUGGUCAUGCCUGCAUUCUGCGUGGCCGCAACCUCUCUCUUCGCGUACUCUGCGUUGCGCAAUCGCGUUGCCGCGAGCGCAACGAACCCGAAGCCGUGGCGCAUCUAUGCAAGUGCCGCCGCGACCACAAUCUCAAUGGUGCCGUUCACAUGGAUUGUAAUGGCUCCGACGAAUAAUAGACUGUUCGGUUUGAAGGAGCUGGCGGGGGGUAAGUCAUCAGCGGCUGACUUUGCGGAGGUUAGGGGCUUGAUUGCAAGCUGGGCUUGGAUGCAUAUUGCGAGGUCGGUAUUCCCGUUGGUGGGUGCGGUGUUGGGGUUGCGCGGAGUGUUGGGGGAGCUCAGUAUGUAGCUGGGUAGAAAGGUUCCAGAUACCAGGGUUUGGGUGUCGGAGUUGUGGGACUGAG